AAAGAUUUUAAUUAUUUUUUGAAAUGACCAAAAAAACAAAGAAGGUUGGAAUAACAGGUAAAUAUGGUACCAGAUAUGGUGCAUCUUUAAGAAAAAUUAUCAAGAAGUUUGAAAUUUCACAACAUUAAAGAUAUUUCAACACAUUUACUGGAGCUGUAAUUUAUAUUAUAAUAUUCUAGCAUUCACUUAAGAGAUAAGCAAUCGGUAUAUGGAGAUGUACAUAAACAGGAUUAUAAAUUGCUGGAGGUGCUUGGGAAGUGAAGUAAUACUUUAUUUUAAUAAAUUAGUACUCCUGCUGGAUUAUCUGCAAAAUAAGGUAUGUUGAGAAUUAAGAAAUUGAAAGAAGAUGCUGAAGUUGAAGUUAAAGAUGAGAAAAAAGAUUAAAAAAAGUAAUAACCAAAAGAAUAGAAGGAAUAAACUAAAGAACAACCAAAGGAGUAAACUAAAAAACCAUAACCAAAAAAAUAAUAAGCAAAGAAACAAUGAGU